AUGAUUCUCUUCCAGCUGCUGUUUGGAGCUCUGCUCUUUGUCCCGGUGAUGAGUUCAGCCUCUGGACGACACUCGCUGUGGGUGAUGGCGUCUUACAUCUCAGGACCGACCCUGUUCCCAGAGUUUACUGGAACCUUGAUGCUGGAUGACAUCCAGGUGGGGUACUGCGACACUCAGACUGAUAAGGUGAUGAGGGUUGGUGGUGGAGGAGAGAAGGAGGGGGAGGUUGUCCUCGAUGAGGAGGCAAUAAAUAUACGGUGGGGCUUUUUAUCUGGUAUGAGAAACAGGCUAAAUCUGGCCAAAGAGCAGAUGAACCUUACAGCCUCAGGUGUGCACGUCUAUCAGCGGCUGACAGGCUGUGAAGUUCUGGACGGUCAGCUGACGUUUAUCAUGGGAAGAGAUGCUGUUAACAGCCAGGAUGCUUACAGCGUGCAGUACAACACGACACACUUCACCUACACCAGAGGAAACACUCCAGAGUUCUAUUGGGAUGCUAUGAGUAAGACUUAUGAACAGAUGCUAUUCACAAACCUGUUACUUCCAAUCUGUGCUCGGACUCUGAAUAACCUGCUGGAGCGUGAGAAACACCUGGUGAUGCGGCGGGUUCGGCCCCGAGUCCGCCUCUUGACGAAGCAGGUGGUGGGCGGGGCUCAGCUCACCUGUCUGGCCACAGACUUUUACCCUCGCCACAUCAACCUGACGCUGCGGCGGGACGGGGAUCCGGUGGACGCAGACCGACUGAGCGGCGGCUUGGUGCUGCCCAAUGGGAACGGCCUCUACCAGAUGAGGAAGACGCUGAGCAUCGAUGAAGAGGAGCUGCAGAGGAAGCACAGCUACACCUGCACAGCGUCUCACCUGAGCCUGGACAACCGGCUGGACGUCAGCUGGAGGGCCCAGUCCUCACGCUCACACAGAGUCCAGGUCCUCUCUGGUCCCCUCAUCCUGAUGGUGGCUGCUGUCAUCCUGCUGCUGGUGCUGUGGAGGAGGAGGAGGGCGUCGCCAUGGAGACACGGGGGCAGUCAGCAGUGA